GCUUGCGUAGCCGCCGGGACCCCUGCGCGCACCGCCUCUCGCCCCUAGCCACCGCGCGCCUCCGCGGACACGCACUUCCUGCGAGGCCUCCGUGCGCACCUUAGGCGAGCCGAACCGAGCUGAACCCUGCCCUGCACUUGCGAGCUGUUCGCCAUGGUGGACGAGCUGGUGCUGCUGCUGCAUGCGCUCCUGAUGCGGCACCGCGCCUUGAGCAUCGAGAACAGCCAGCUCAUGGAACAGCUGCGGCUGCUGGUGUGCGAGAGGGCCACCCUGCUGCGCCAGGUACGUCCGCCGAGCUGUCCGGUGCCCUUCCCCGAAACGUUUGACGGCGAGAGCUCCCGGCUCCCCGAGUUUAUCGUGCAGACGGCGUCUUACAUGCUCGUCAACGAGAACCGAUUCUGCAACGACGCCAUGAAGGUGGCAUUCCUAAUCAGCCUGCUCACCGGGGAAGCCGAGGAGUGGGUGGUGCCCUACAUUGAGAUGGAUAGCCCCAUCCUAGGUGAUUACCGGGCCUUCCUCGAUGAGAUGAAACAGUGUUUUGGCUGGGAUGACGACGAAGAAGACGACGACGAAGAUGAAGAAGAUGAUUACUAGGCCCGGAGACCCUCGGGCCUAGGGGGGAGGGCCCUGCACGCCGCCACCUCCCCCCUCCCCGCCCUGCCCCGCCCGGAGCCGCCGCGCUCCCCUAGCGCUCCGAUCCCCUUCCCUACCCCUGCCUCUGGUUGUCUUCCUCGUCCCCGCCUCCUCCCCGUAGUGCUUGUCUUUGUUCCGGGGAUAGUGCUCCAGUUACCUGCUGCUGAGGCUGGGGCCUCUCCCUGAAGUGCGCUGCCUCCCACUCUGGCCAGCCCCAGGACCCUCUCCUGCUAACUUGAACUGUGUUCUGAGCCCCAACUCUAGGCCAGGCCCCUGUCACAAACUGGUCAGACUACGCACAGCUGUGCCGCACAGCCCUGCCAGCUGUCAGGCCUACAUCUUGCCCAGAGACCUACGCUGCCACCUAAGCACCCUCCACCACAUUACAGCGACAGACCAGGCCUUUGGAGAUAAGGAGCAACCUAGAAGAUGCCUUAGUUGGCUGCACCUCCUGGGACACUGAUUUGGACUGCUCACCAACCUCUCCCAAGGGGCUACUCUUUCAAGCUGGUUAGUUCCCUACUAAGGCCCAGGGUCUUCUCCUGCCCCGCCAGAUUGCUGCAGGAGCCUGUUGUUCCUGGCAGCCAAAUUGUUGACAUUUCUCCUAUGCACCAGUUUUGCACAACUGUCAUUUAUCUUUCAAAAUUGCAGCAAUCCCACAGAUGUGUGCAUUUGGACAAAAAUACUGAAAACAAAACAAUACAAACAAAAGCAGGCACUCAGCCCAGCUCCUCAGUACUACCUGGAAAAAGCAUUUGCAUUCUUUUCAAUAAAUAUCAAGCACUACGAAAAAAGAGUGUCUUUUAAUGGUUAAGGGCUGUCAUUGGCCUCUGCCACUCACCCUGACUCCCAUAUUCUCAUUGAUAUCAGGGAACCUAGUUCAAUCCCAGUAUUCCCCACUGUCACGUGUAGGCUACAGAGGACAGCUAACAGAGGGCUUUAUGGGGAAUCUGGUACUCCCCUCACCAAAGCGUUUCUUACAGCCCUGGUGAAGGAGUGUCCUCUGGGGCUUCCAAGAUGACAUGGGUAAGGGGUGGCUGAGCAGGUGGCAGGCACACCAUCCCAAACUGGGACACUUUUGAGAGAGCUUAAGAGGGACACUUAAUAAUUAGACUGGGACAGCAGGCAUAAAUCAGGACACACAAUAUUCCUGUCUUCCUGAGCUUUUGGGUUCUUCCUCAACACGGCAAGUUCUGCCCCUUAACCCUUAGUGCCUGUGGGGUGCUAUUGAGUUCAGGCUUCAUUUAACAACGUAGCACAUUGUUUUAAUACCCCUUUUAGGUGCUUGAGCUAACAUUAAAUCCUAGAUCCUGGGUAAAUGCACCCAUAAUAAACAGAGCCUGAUUUGAACAUUUCAUCUUCCUUGGGCAGACACCCUUAGAAUCCCCACCCAUCCAUGUGCCCCAGAUUCCUGCCUGUAGAAAUUGACAAGAUGCCUGGCUAUCUCCUGAACUAGAUCUUAUACUGCUAUCUGAGCUAUGCUGAGAUUUCUUUGUGGGCCUGGAGGGCUCGGAGGCACUAAGGGAGUGGGGUGAGUGCUGAGAAGAAUCUGCAUACCUUUGUGAGGCAAUUACCCCAGGUUAAGUCACUGAAAUGUUAAAUCAGGGAAGCUUGGUUAGGGGAUUUGUGGGGCCUAUCUCUGCCAGCCAGGAACUGUCAGGAGGAUUUGGGAGGUUCUGAGUUCUCAUUCUUAUCUAUAUCUGCCCCCAUGUCUUUAUUGUACCAUGUCUGGAGCCAGCUCUACCUUAGAACCUCUAAUUAAUUUAGGUAAUAAAUUUUCUUGUUGUUUAA